UAGUGAUGAAAAUGAAAAAUGGUGCAUCCUACCGAAUUGUUAAGGACAGAUUCGACAGGUGACGAGGGUAGUUUUGUAGCCCCUGUAGGGGACUACAGAAACGAUGUCGAUUGCGGCUGUAGCGCUUUACCGUGCUUAACUGAACGAUUGAACUUAGAAAAAUAUGCCAAACCUAAGUAUUUUAUUAUAGUGCUAUCACUAGUGGGUGUUUUUAAUGGGAUUGCUGUCAAAUAUUUCCGGGGAACUUCACAGAUAUGGAGUCAGCAUUACGAUAUACCACAGGAUACAAUAGAUUGGUUAAUUUAUAUAAAUGAAGUUUUUGUUGGAAUUUUCGCUUUACUUGUCGCCUAUUGGGGUAAUAGGAUACAUAGGCCAACUUGGUUAGGUGCCCUAACAAUUUACCUUGGAGUAUCCUGUAUUACUUUGGCAAUACCAGAAAUUUACCAGCCAUUUAAUAAGGAUGAAACUAACAUUAGUGUUGUAAAUGGAAGAAUCUUAUGCCAAAACAAUCGAUUAUCAGAGCUAACUGAUCUUUCGCUAAACAUAAACAACCAAAUUGUAGCAUUCAUAAUUCUUACAUUGUACCAAAUCCUAUUUGCUCUCUAUACAAUCUCGUUUAUUACACAUGGAGUUACCUACAUUGAUGAUAACAUAUCUCCUGGUCAGAGUCCAGCAUAUAUUGCUUUGGUGUUUGCUGCACAACGAAUGGGAAAACAAAUGGGCAUUUAUAGUGCUUGGAUGCCCUUUCUUUAUAACAGUCAAAGCAUUUUUGUGUCAACAAUUUGGCUCAUUGUUGCUGCCCAUGGUAUAUUAUACGGAAUCGUCUUAGCCAUGUUUCCUAAAAUUAUGCCAAAUACCUUACUAAGAAAGUCUGUCAAUUCUCUUUUAAGCCUUGCUUCAGGAAAUCCUCCUACUGAACCAAAACAAGCGGUAGAUGGUUUUUUUAUAAGUCUAUGGCGAGUCCUCAAAAACAAAGUCCUACUCCUCAACAUCAUCACAAUGAUGUUCAUGCAAGCUGCAAUUGUUAACUUCAACAUGAAAGAAAAACAGUUCAAUCAAUCCAAAUAUCACGUAUCCAGAUACAAUGAUGCUUCAGGGUAUAGCGACCCGAUGCUAAUACAAUUCACAACCAACUAUUUAAAACAACCCCUAAUAGCGGUGGCUUAUAUCAGUGUUGGAAUGGCUAUUGCUAAAAUGCAACCAAGUCCAAAAUAUUUAGUGCUUUGGAAUAUCAAGGUUUUCGUUAUGGUUUUAAUUGGGUUUGCAGGAAUUAGAUUUUUGAAUUGCACCAAUAAGCUGAAGAACGAGCUAGAAGGGAAAUUAACUAUUCCAUAUUGUAGCUGGGAUUGUGGAUGUUCUUUGGAUGGACCAUUUCAGCCUAUAUGCCUCAAUGCACAAACUAGAUUUUCGCCUUGUUGGGCUGGAUGUACUUCCUUUGAUCCAUCUCUAAAGAUAUACAGUAACUGUACUUGUGGUGAAAACGGUAAAACAGUAGCAUCAGAAGGAUCAUGUGACGCAGACAAUUGCAGCACUUAUUGGACAUUAGCGCAAGCUCAGGGAGUGAUAUCUUCAGCUUUAUUGGGUACCACCUUCAUCACCUCAUUAAUUAUUAAUCUUAGAUGUGUUGCCAGUAAAGAUAAAGCUCUAGCAGUAGCUUUGCACUUGACAUUUUUAAGCAUAUUUCCUUAUCUGCCUGUUAAGGCUAUCUAUGAUGCUAGUGCAGAUUACUUUUGUCAAAUGUGGGGGCAACAUUCGUGUCAAUUUCACUCAGACAAUUUUGCAUUGUUUUUGGUUAUAACCACCCUCGUUUUAAAGACUAUGGCAAUUUUAUUAUCAAUAGCAUUAUUUUUCUUUGUUGGAAAAAUUGAGCUUUAUACUAAUAGUAUUUCUAGAAGAAAUUCCAAUGUUAGUUUUCUUAGAAGACCUGGGUUAUUACAAAAUACUAAUAACCCAGAAGUUCCAACUACAAGCAAUCAAAACAGGGAAAAUGAUGAUACAGAUUCUGAAUCUGGAGAGGCCUCAGCUCUAGUUCAAGGUCCAAGUGAUAUUAUAUUGAGAAACAAACAAAAAAGUGAGAGUAAAUUGGAUAAAAUGGUAGAUAGAUCCAGCAAAAAUGACAGAAUAAUAGCUUACCUAAGCGAAGGCGAUUUAGUGCCGCCAUUAAAAUCGAAUUUGAAACUAGGCAAAUCUGCUUCUAGAACUUCAAACUCUAACAAUUCGGCUUUGUCUACGGAUUCGUCACUUUCAGCUAUAGCUAAUACAGUGGGGGAUGAUCAUGAUAGUGAUUUUUCUAGUUUACAACGACCGCAGAGAUCAAAGUUACAAGAUGUGGUGUCUUCACAUCCUAGGAGCAAAAAGGUGCCUCAGACUCAGCAUAGUUCGAAUAGUGGUCAUAUUACAGAAACUGAAUUCUGAAAUGUGUGUCGUACAUUCCUAGAUUAUAUUUGUUAGUAUGUAUUUUGAGAACGUUAUUCCCUCUAAAUUAUUUAAUAAAAUGAAAAAACUAUAAUGAGUACUUACGAUGAAUAAAUUAAUGUUAAUGUUAAGUUAUGAGUAUCGCAAUAUCCUCAAAAAAUUAGUCGGAAAAUGUCAAGUUUUCUGAACAAAAAGGUAAAUCUAUUUAUUAGGAGUAAAACACUCAACAUGGCUUUGUUACAGGUAAAUCAAUUUUGAUAUUGGCAUCUCUCAGAAAACCUUCAAUCUUCUUAAAACCUUUUUAAUAACUAGGAAAUAAACUGUAUGGGUGGGUAAUGAACUCUCGGAAGUUUAUACUGGAGCAUCUGGUGUUCCCCAGGGAAGCAAUAUCUCACCACUACUUUUUUCCAUUUUUAUUAAUGAUGUUGUCAAUUAUAUAGAAAACUCUGAAUGCCUUCUUUUCGCUGACGAUUUUACGAUAUUUGAAGUCUCUUUUGGACAAGAUUGUACUAAGUUUCAAAAUGACUUGCAGAAUGUGAUUGAAUGGUUUAAAAAUACGCUGUGUCUAGCCUCCCGACACCGGUAUUCAUAUGAAUCCCGGUUAUGACGCGUUUUCAAUGACGUCAUCAACAACCACCGGUAACUGUUGUGGAUCCCGGCUAUUGCAAUAGAUGUUAAUAAUUAUCAUGUUCAUUGGUAUUGGGGCAGAAAUAUUAUGUAGGGUAAAAAAAGUAAACGAAGUCGGGCGCGAUAAACUUUUAUUUAUGGGAAAUAAAAUUAUGACUUUUAUUAUAUGUACAUAGAAUGCAUAGGUAUAAUUCGAUCAUAAGUAUAAAUUCUGGAGUAAUCACUACAACUUUUUGGUAUCAAUUGUUCAUGCACAGCUUACAUUCCAAACAAAUCUAAUUUUUAGAAAAGUUUUGUAAUUAUUUAACGUUGUUCAUUUGAUAUGUCUCCAUAGAAGGCAUAAAAGAUCAUACAUACAGCAUUUCGCAACGGGUGAUUUCGAGUUCGACUUAGAAUGAUUUCGCUGAAUUGUACAGCAUUUUGGAAGUCUGUUCAGCAUUGGAUCUUGUACAGCAACGCCGUUAUUAUUCAAAAUCACACCAGGUUGCCUCAAAAUUAGAGGUUAAUAUUUCAACUGCGACUUCUACAUCUAAAAUUAAGAGCAAAAGUUCCCAUAAACAUAGGUCCGAAAGUACCCUAUUUCAAAGAUAUAGGGUGUUAAAAAAGCUUUAGUCCCGAACAAUAAAUGAAAAUAAACCAUACCUUCACUAUUCCCUUUUUAAACCACUACUACAAAAGCUAUUCCGGAAUUAUUUACAGCCUCAAGCAGCAAGAGAAACACGACUUUUGAAUCUUGAAUCCAAUAGCCGGGAUCCACGAUAAAUCCCGGCGGUCGUUGAUGACAUCAUUGAAAACGCGUCGUAACCGGGAUUCGUAUGAAUACCGGUGCCGGGAGGCUAGACACAGCGUUAAAAAUAACAUGUUUUUAAAUAUUGAUAAAUAUUUUGCGGUUACUUUUCUCGUCGUAAGAACAUCAUUAACUAAAUAUCAAAAUAAUGGAACGGAACUGUCUAGGAGGAAUGACUGUGGGGUUCUUGGGGUCACUUUUCAAUCGAAUUUUAGAUUCAAUUUCCAUUAUCAGCAAAUCGUCAACAAAGCGUUCAAAUGCCUAGAGUUUAUAAUUCGCAACACAAAGCAUUUUUACCAGAUUGAUACUAUAGUAAAACUCUAUUGGAAUAUACAUGUGUAGUCUGGUCCCCAGUUGCUGAGUGUAAUAAGAAUUUAUUAGAAAAGGUCCAGAAAAGGUUCCUUAGAUAUUUAUAUUACUUAAAGUUCAAUGUUUAUCCAUCUUUUCCGUUGUCGCUUUCUUACAGGGAAAUGCUAGGGAUAUUUGAAAUGCAACAACUCUCAGUUAGAAGAAGUGUACAAACUAUUAUUUUCAUAUUUUAUAUUAUUCAUAAUAUUAAAUUUAAAGACUGCUUAUUUAUUAAUUACAUCCAAUAUCAUGUUCCUGAAAUAAAUCUAAGAUGUAACACCUACAAUACCUUUCAUGUGUGUCCAACUAGUUGUUUUCCUAUGAAUGCCAUGUUGAGUGAAUGUAUUUCGAUCUUCACUCUUGAUUUUAGGUUAUUGUGUUCUCAUUUUAGCUGAAAUAUAAGUAUUGUUGUACAUAUUUACCGAGAUUUUUACCGAUUGUUCUGUUGUAAGUUAUUUUUUCUACGAGCGUACGAGAAAUGACUCUUCCCGCACGAUUUACUGUGCGGGAAGACUUUUUUCCCGCACCAGUGCGGGAAGAGAUUUCUUCCCGUACUCAGUGCGUGAAAUAAUCAUUGUGACAUGGAAUUGUUUGUAUUGUUGAUACACCUAUACCUUUACCCUUAAUACCUUUACCUUUUUUUUAUAAAUACCUUUCAAUACUUUUUUAAUUCUACCUUCUGCACAAUUCGCAUUUUAUUUAAAUUAAACUAAGAGCUUUAGUAUACUCGUAGAAAAAAUAUAGUUCCUAACUCUUGCGGGAAGAAAUUUCUAUACAUUUUACUGUAAGCUGUUACUUUCUCUUUUUUUUUCUGUUUUAAGCUUUAGCAUUUUUUAGUAACCACACUUGCUUGUAAUUACCUUUUGGGUGUUUGUAAGGUGUUCCUUAAAUAAAUAAAUAAAAAAAUAAAAAGUGAUAAUAUUGUGACGA